AUGCAGCUCUUUGAGUUGACUUUAAUCCCGGACGCUGAAGGUUGUACAAGCAGGUGCAGCUCGUGAAUCAUAUUAAUCGACUAAAGAAGAACUAGAAGAUGGACUCCCCCGAUAGCCUCCUCCAGCGGAACGGUCCUGCCGGCUCCGCUUCUACCACGCACCACCGUCCAGACCAGGAGAACGACACCCAAGCACCCGCCGGCGGAGCGGAGACGCAGCCGAAGAGCCACCGCCGCCACAAACGCAGGAAGAAGAAGAACGAGUCGGGCCAGAGAGACGCUGGAGCGGGGUCCGAGCCCACAGAUCUACCCAGGAACGCCCCGCCGCCACGGCGACGCAGGACACCCAACCCCAGAGGUGGUGGAGACGCCAGAGGCACAGAGGUGGCGGAGGCACAGACGCAGGGGGUCGGCGAGUCCUCAGGGGCACCCGGAGACGCUGCAGGAGGAGGAGGAGAAGGGAAGAAGAAAAGGAAUAAGAAGAAGAAAGCCAAAGUGAAGACGGAGGAGGCGAUGGAGGUGCGGGGUCAAGCUGGAGGUGCAGAGAAACCAACGAGAAAACCCAAACCUCAAGGUACUCGAGGCGUGACCUCGGCGGGACGGACGGACCAGAACCACGGGAGGAACCGGGGACAGAGGAGGCGGGUGUUUGAGGAGUACAUGUCUGUUAAAGACGUCUCUGAUGGACUGAAGAGAGGACAGCUCAUCCAGGCUGCGGUGAGAAUAAACCCGAGGAACUACACUGAGGCGUACGUUCCCUCUCCUGAUGGGUUGGCGGACGUGUUCCUGGACGGGAUGGUAGCUCGGAAUCGAGCGCUGAACGGAGAUGUAGUGGUGGUGCAGCUUCUCCCUCCUGACCAGUGGAAGGUGUUGAACGGGGACAGGGGUGAACAGUCGGGUUCGGAUAAGAAGAGACCGAGUGAAUCCUCCAACCCCGACGUGACUGUGGAAGCUGAGUACAACGAUGAGGAGGAUGAGGAGGAGGAGGAGGAGGAGGGUGGAGAUCUCAGUAAGAAGAUGGAGGCAGUAACUCUGACGGAUGCCGAUUCAGCGGUCACGGCUGAGGGUGGAGAACACUCGGAGAGCCGCGGUUCCUCCGACAGGAACGUUCAGCGCACCGGCAAGGUGGUGUAUAUAGUAGAAGAGAAGCACUCCCGGGCAGCCUCAGGCUUUAUUAAGCUGAUCCCUGAUAAACCCUUCGCCAUGUUCUCACCCUCCGACCACCGGGUUCCUCGGGUGAACGUUCCUCUCACAGACUGUCCUCCAGACUUCCCGUCUCGGCCCACAGACUACGCUCAGACCAUCUUCAUCUGCAGGAUCACACACUGGCCCUCCGACAACACAUUCGCUGAGGGGCGGUUGGUACGGUCGUUAGGACAGGCCGGAGUCAUCGAACCCGAGACGGAGGCCAUGCUGAUGGAGUACGACGUGGAUUAUUCGGAGUUCACACCGGAGGUGCUGGAGUGUCUCCCUCAGAGUCGACCCUGGACCGUCCCACCCGAGGAGAUCAAGAAGAGGCGCGACCUCAGGGCGGAGUGUAUAUUCACCAUUGAUCCGGCCACUGCUAGAGAUCUGGACGAUGCUCUGUCCUGUAAAGAGCUUCCUGACGGUAACUUUGAGGUGGGCGUGCACAUUGCUGAUGUGAGUUAUUUCCUGGAGGAGGGCACCACUCUGGAUUUGGUAGCGAGCAGGAGAGCGACGAGUGUUUACCUGGUUCAGAAGGUGAUCCCGAUGCUGCCGCGUCUCCUGUGUGAGGAGCUGUGUAGUUUGAACCCUCAGACUGACCGCUUGACCUUCUCUGUGAUCUGGACCCUCUCACCUGAGGGGAAGAUCCUGAGCGAGUGGUUCGGGCGGACGGUGAUCCGCUCCUGUGUGAAGCUGAGUUAUGACCACGCCCAGAGCCUGAUCGAUUUCCCUCACAAACACUUCGGCGCUGAUGAAAUCCCGCCCGUCUCCCCCGAACACCCGCCGCACAGCGUCCAUCAGUCCGUCCUGCACCUGCACGCCAUCGCCAAGCACCUCCGCGCCCAGCGCUUCGGGGGCGGAGCCCUGCGUCUCGACCAGAUGAAGUUGUCCUUCACUCUGGACUCAGAUUCGGGGAUGCCUCAGGGCUGCUACAUCUACCAGUACAGAGACAGCAACAAGUUGGUGGAGGAGUUCAUGCUGUUAGCUAACAUGGCGGUAGCUCAUCACAUCUACCGCUCCAACCAUGAGCUAGCGCUGCUGCGCCGCCACGCCCGGCCUCAGAGUCGCCUGAUGGACGCGUUACAGGAGCUGUGUGAUCACAUGGGCCUGAACAUCGACAUGAGCUCAGCCGGGGCGCUGCAUAGGAGUCUGGAGGACGCGGUGGGAGACGAUGAGUACAGCACUGCCAGGAAGGCCGUCCUAACUCACCUGUGUGCUCGACCCAUGCAGAUGGCAGUGUACUUCUGUGCAGGGGUUCUGAAGGAGGAGAAGUUGUUCCAUCACUACGCUCUGAACGUUCCGCUCUACACUCACUUCACCUCUCCGAUCCGACGCUACGCUGACGUCAUCGUCCACCGGCUGCUGGCGGCCUCACUCAGAUGUGGACCUCGUCUGGGUCUGACCCAGGAGGAAGUGGAGAAGCAGGCGUCGCUCUGUAACGAUAAGAAGACGGCGUCGAAGAGGGUUCAGGAGAUGAGCACCGAGCUCUUCUUCAGCGUCUUCGUCAGGGAGUGUGGUCCUCUGGAGUCGGAGGCGAUGGUGAUGGGGAUGCUGGAUAAAUGUUUUGAUGUGCUGGUGCUGCAGUAUGGAGUUCAGAAGAGGAUCUACUGUAACGCUAUCGAGGGCCUGCAGUCCUAUAAUUUCCGUAAGGUGGGUAAACGACCCGAGAUGAUCCUGGUUUGGGCUCCUAACGAAGUGGAGGGGGAAGCGGUCACACAGGAGCUGUCUCUGUUUUCUGUGGUUGAUGUGCAGCUGACGGUGGCUGAAGCUUCACUCAAAUACACUGCAGUACUGAAGAGACCUGGAUCAACCCCAGCAUGAACACACACUCACACACACUAAUACACACACAUACAUACACACACACACACACACACUCUCAUACACAUACAUACACACACACACACACACACGACUGGUUUUAAUGUAUAUGACUUGAGAUUAGUGAGCAGAUCUGCUGCUGUAUAUUUUUAAUUUAACACAUUUUAAAAGCGUGAAGUGUUUGUUUUAGAAGCGCUCAGUUCUGUGUGAGCUGAGAAUGUUUCUCUGAAGUCCCCGUGUGUCUUUUAUUUCUUAUUUUUAAAAUAUUGAAGGUUAUUAACACAUUAAACACAUUAAACACAUUAAACACAUUAAACGCAUUAUUACACACGAGUACAGGUGUUCCAGAGGAGGCAAGCAGAGGGCGCCAGAAAGGUGCGGUUUGUUGUUCCACAUAAUUUAACCAGGGGUGCACAAACUUUUCAGUCUUUAGUAGAAUCCAGCGUGUAGGUUAUUAGUGUUAGAUCCUCUGCUCGGUGAUGGUCGGGGUCCUGAUGCAGGUUAAGCCGCUGUGUGUGUAUGAGAUGAUCCAGUUCUCCCAGUGGGAGGUGUUUUCAGUUCCUCUGUUAACACCACAUGGUGUGUAGGAUUAUGUCUCUGUAUUUAUUGCUAGCUGACUCUCACUGUGCAUUGUUAUUUUAUUUUUAUUUUAACUCAGUUUUUGGUGUUUUUAAGAGGACGAUGAACUGAACUGAACUGUCACAGAGGAACAUUAAAAUAUUUACAUGCAUACCAAAA